CUUAGCAUCAGAAUUCCCUCCCCUUGUUUGGAAAAUACACAGUUUUGUGAGUCUGUGGGUUGAACUCCCAAAACCCUGAUGCUGUUCCUUAUCCCUGGCAACUGCGGCAUAGACAUAUGACCUAAAUUGUGUCAUUUGAAUGUCCUUGUUCCUAACUGUAGUGUUACAGAGAAGGAAUAAGAGAUUAGAAUUAAUGCCAGUGUCUUUCCAUUGCCCCACUGUGUCAAGGUCUAAGUGUUCAGUAGCAGUAGUCCUUUCGCCAUGAUGUACCUUUGACUCUGGUACCGGCUACCUACUUUCCUUACAUUCCCAAGUUAUCUGGUAACCAUCCAGGAAAUUAUUUUCCUAUGUAAGCACACCAAAAACAAUUUCAGUUUUUGCCUGAUGGAUACAGUCACUUUUUAGAGGUGAAGGAAAACUCUUACCAGCCUAAGGAUGCUGCCAAGGCCAGUUUAUGGUCUCUGUAGUUUUCUGAAUAAUGAUAAUGCGCAUUCCGACUAAGCUCCAUGAGAACAGACUGCAUCUGGCUUGAUCGCUGUUGUGUAACCCCUUCUAGCUCAGUGUUCCAGCAAACAUGUUCGGUAAGUAUUUAUUUGACUUUGACUCAAAUGAAUAAAAUAGUGACACUGACCUCCAGGCUUCUUCAAUAUCUAUUUUAUAUUUUUUGUUUCUGACUGCUUUUAGUGUAAAUUUUCCUUAGCAAGGAAGAGAACUAAAAAAAUAUGACACCAAGAUUUUAAAUUCAGGUAAAUAGAAGGCUGUUUUUUAAUUAGCAAAAAUGAGGAAGUUAGGGGGAAAGAGAUUAGGUUUCUGUUGGGAUAAAUUGAACCUAAGUGUCAUGGCCAUGGCUUUUAAAUUUUCUUAACCACACGUUAAACAGGUUGUGUCACUUAUUAGAUAGCUAGGUAUUUGUUUGAAAGGUACAACAGUCCCUCCUAUUGGACUUUCAUCCAGCAAAAACAACUGUUACCUAACUCAAACUCAGACAUUCACGGAACACCUCUCCAAAGAAUUUUCUUUAGUUUUUCAAAAGCGGUUUUGCAUAUAUGAUUUAUUUAAGCUUUCAAAAUGAUUAGAAAACUUUUUAUUGUCCUACUUUUGUUGUUUGUGACUCUGGAAGAAGCAAGAAAAUCAUUUCUCAGUUUUCUGAAUUUAGAAAAGACUGAAAUACUUUUUUUCACAAAGACUGAAGAAAGCAUCACUGUAAGGUCAAGUUACAAAGAGAAACAGCCUAACUCCAGCUACCUCUUUGUACAAUUAGAAGAUCCUAAAAUGCUGCAAGUGGUGAAUGUCACCAAGACCACACUGGAUAUUACAAAUUUUACCAUAAACCUAGUGACAGAAGAAGAAGGAGAGACAAAUUUGACAGUUCAACUCUGGGAUUUUGAAGGUAAGCAAGAAAGACUCAUUGAAGAAAUAAAGAACAUCAAAGUCAAAGUGCUCAAACAAACAAAACACAGUCUUUUCCAAUCAUCGAUGCCUAUUGAUAGAAAUAUCCUAAUGCUUAUUUUACCACUGAUACUGUUAAAUAAGUGUGCAUUUGGUUGCAAGGUUGAAUUACAAGUGUUUCAAACAGUAUGGAAGAGACCUUUACCAAUAAUUCUUGGAGCAGUUACACAGUUUUUUCUAAUGCCAUUUUGUGGAUUUCUUUUGUCUCAGAUUUUGGCAUUACCUGAGGUACAAGCUUUUGGAUUUGUAAUGACCUGCUCAUGCCCAGGAGGGGGUGGGGGCUAUCUCUUUGCUUUGCUGCUGGAAGGAGAUAUUACUUUGGCCAUUUUGAUGACUUGCACAUCAACAUUAUUGGCCCUGAUAAUGAUGCCUGUCAAUUCUUUUAUAUAUAGUAGGAUAUUAGGAUCAUCAGGUGCGUUUCAUAAUCCUGUUUUUAAAAUCGUGUCAACACUCCUUUUCAUACUUAUACCAAUGUCAGUUGGAAUAGUCAUCAAGCAUAGAAUGCCUAAAAAAGCAAACUUCUUAGAGAGAAUAAUUAGACCUCUGAGUUUAAUUUUAAUGUUUGUAGGGAUUUAUUUGACUCUUAGAAUGGGAUUCACGUUUCUGAAAACAACUAACCUGAAAGUGUUUCUACUGGGUCUUAUAGUUCCCGCUUUGGGUUUGUUGUUUGGGUACUCCUUUGCUAAAGUUUGUAUGCUGCCUCUCCCUAUUUGUAAAACUGUUGCUAUCGAAAGUGGGAUGUUAAAUAGUUUCUUAGCCCUUGCUGUUAUUCAGCUCUCUUUUCCACAGUCUAAGGCAGUCUCAGCUUCUGUGGCUCCUUUUACAGUAGCCAUGUGUUCUGGAUGUGAAAUGUUACUAAUCCUUCUGGUCUACAAAACUAAGAAAAGAUGUAUCCGUACUAUAGAAUAUAAAAGAAAAAAAUUUUCCCUAGUCUAAUAAUUAAAGCAUUACUGAAUACCUACCCUGGAGAGGCACUGUGGGAGAUUCAAAGAAUGUCUGAAAUGGUGUCUACUCUUAAGCCACUGAUAAUGUAGUUAAAAUUCUGACAUUGGGUAGAGAAUAUAUAUUUAUAAAAUCAUAUGUGCUAAUGAAUGGUACAGAACGUAAAAUACACAGGAGUUUAGUGGAAGGAGACAACUUUUCAUUUUCUACAGAAAAUUGCCUAUAGUAUCAUUUUAUCAGUUUCCUCUCCAUUCCCAGUGCUACCACCUUUGUUCUGCCUUGUAUUGCCUCUUCCCUAAACCUUUUUAAACUGGCUUUUGGCCUCUCUGUCUACCCUCCAUUCACUGUGAGAUUAAUCUUCCUAAACUCUAACUUUGAUCAUGUAACUUCCCUGCAACGAAACCUUUUUGCCUUAAUGUCUGUAUUCCUUAGUGAAGCAUUUAUUAUAAUCUACCAUCUGACCUUAAUCUAGCUUUCUAGUUUUAUCUCCUUUACACACAGCCUUUGCUCCAAUCAAACAGAAUGACUUUGUAUCUUACAAAUAUGUCUUUGUUCAUGCUAGCCAAACUUUCUUGUCUCACAGCUAUUUAUAUUCCUGUUUUAUCCUUUCUAUUUUGCUGUAAAUCUUUGGGCAUGAGAAUUAUGUUUAUUCAUUUGGAUGCUCCCCGUAAUGUCUACCACAAUAUUUUUUAUGAGUUUAUUCAAAUAAAGUGUUGAAGCACAGACUAGG